GGCCUAUACUAGGUUUAUAAUAAAGAAUAUGGUAUGCAGUGUGGUUAGGUUCAUAGGGAAACAAUACAAAAAUUUACCAGUGUACAAUGAUGGAAUUAGAUAUUAAUACAAUGGCACUUGGCUGUCUAUGGUUGCAUAGUAGCCUACCGAAUUACCAUAUUAUUUCAUGUAGGCUACAAGCCAUUUACAUAGUUGCUUAAUUAAAGUAGGCUACUUCAAUUAUUCCAUGUCCAAAAACACAGUAGAUGAAUACUAGGAAAACAGUAACAGAUUCAGUGACAGAGAAAAUUAAAGAGGAACUGAUAGUAAUGGCUUUAUUUAAAAUGUUGUAAUCCGUCUUUAUUCCCCUCUCUCUUUAGUUUUACGCAAUGACAUAAUCCAAGCCUGUCAAUCAUACAGAGGCUUGUCCACUGUGUGAAGUGUAUUAGAAAGUACUAUGCUGGAAUUAAAACGACAUAACGUUUUUUUUCUUUCUCCAUCUGUUUGUGUAUUGUGCGUGAAUGUGACAGAUAGAGUGUGAGAGAGAGACAGAGACAAAAAGCAAAUACGCUAAGCUAUAUAGAACCAUUGUCACGGGAGGUAUAUCCUUCUCUGAUAUGAUGAAGAGUGUAGCCGGAAAUAAUCUUUAAUCCCACAGUUUCCCCCCCAUUUUUAUAAUCAGAUGUCACAGCCCCUGUUUAUCCAUCAUUCUCAACAGUUGGCCUUAAAAUUGCAGUUUUUUAAAUCUGAAAUAGGGAGGUGAAUGGGAAAUCAAGGAAGAUGCAUGGGACCUAAAAAUGUCUGGAUAAUUUCUACAUGACUGUGUGUUAAAGUGUAAACGUUUAGGUUCACCAGUGCGUGUGGUUUGUUCAGAAUUCUGUCUGUUCCACGGAAUGCAUCUGCUGCUGAUCAUUUCAUUCUGCCUCAGUCUCUGUUCUUCUGUGCUGAGUGCAGCAGUAAUACAUCCAUGUAGUUCUGUAUACAGAGGCUUUGCUGAGUGUCUGGUCACUUUGGGUGACAGUGUAAGCUCCAAGACUGAUAACCCACAGGACAUCAACUCCAUUUGCAAAUCAUGGGAUGCUUUCCAGGUGUGUGUGAGUGGUGUCUUGUUGAGCUGCCGAGGUGAUGCAGCAGAAAUUUGGGAAUCUUUGAGAGCGGAGUCCCGGAAAACAGCGUUUGCUGGUAACCUCUACGACAUGUGUGCUAGUCGUACUGAAGCUGCAACUGCAACCACACCUCUGGUUCCCAACACUGACCAAACCAACCAGGAAACACUCAAAGGACUCGCUCAUUCAGUCAGUAAAGAGCUGCUCCUGAUAUGCCUCUCACUUCUCCUGCUGCUUUGGAUGUAACCUAUCCAUUUAACAUAGCUGGACUUAUGCCAGUGACACUGUUACAGGCACAUAUCUGCAUACAGUCUUUAUCUUGGUACAUUUUAUUUAAUUUCAUGUGUAAUUUAAUGUGUAGGCUCUUUGGUAAGAUAUUCAAUGCACUUAUGUAUUUGUUUGUUUAAAAAUUUACUAAAUGUUUUAUAUAAAAAUCAUUGAUAUUCUGUACUCAAAUCUAAUGGUUUGGUAUGGAAUUUAGUAUCUAUAGCUUGUGUCAAAUGACCAUAAUUAUGUAAUAUUAGAUAUAUUUAUAUAUACAAGUUUCUUGAAUUAUUAGCAAAAUACUGUACAUUCAUAAUAUCUGCAAUACCUUUCAAAGCAAUAUUAAUAUUUUUAAUUAUUUAUUUUAUUUGUAUUAUGUUAUUUAAAUGACUAAUAUGAUUUGGUGUUUUAAAGUUAAACACAACUUAUAAAUCAGAUAGUCAUCAAAUUUAAAUACACAUCCAAGGUUUGUGCUGGAGGGCCCCCAGGGCUGGGAACACUACAAUAUAGUUUCAUCCAUUAGCUCAAUGACAAAAAAUCCAUCAGAAAAGUCUUUCUGUUUUUCGCUGGCUUUGGGAAAUCACCCCCUGCCUCUGACUGACUGGUGAAGACAGGACUCUGCUGCUUGAGGUUCUCUUUGUGGAGACAAUAAUAAGCAUUAAUAAUCACUGACUGAGGCCAGUGAAAUAAACUUGUAACAGCUUUUGAUUCUGUUUCAUCACCAGAGAUGAUCUGCAUUUUUAGACGGAUCACACUCUGAAAAAUGUAACAAGUAAAUAACCACAAUUUUGCCAUUAAAUUUAAUCACAAUGUUUCAUCACAAUUUAGGAAAUGUUAUCAUGUUAAUUAUAUACUGAAUGCUUUUUCACCAAGUGUUAUUUAAGUAUCAUUGAGAUACUGUUAUAAUAUUUAUUAAUAUGUAAAAUUAGUCUUUUUUUCAAGGGAUUUAGUUUUAGGUAAUUGUAAUAACUCUGAUUUUACCUGUGAUGUUGUUUGAAAUAUCAGGCUAUUUUCUUAAUCUUCACGGUCUGGAGGAUCCAAGGGAGAAAUCGGGAACAGCAAAACUGUUUGCAAUUAAAUGUUAUACAAAGUUGUGGUUUAAAUCAAAUAUACAUUGCAAGGAAAUUCUAUUAACCUGUUAACUGUCACUCACGUUUUUGAAGAUAGACAUGAAUGUGCAUGAUACAAACCUAUAUUUUUAUAAUUCAUGACUGAAAACAUUUUGUAACAUGAUUUUGAUGUGCCAUUUACAUGGUAAUGCAAUGUCUGAUUUUAAAAUGGGUUUUGAAGGAUGAAUUUUGAGAUUUUAUGUUUUCAAGUGAUAUAUAACUUCUGAUGAUUUCUAAAAAGUGAUAGAGAAAAAGGCAACGAGGAAGUAUUUUUUUUAAACAAAGGUAAAAGCUCCUUUUGUAAUGUAGACUUCUGAGGGUGCACUCUUGUCAUAAACUCAUCUAUUACUUUUCCUACAUAAUUUUUAACAAAACAAUAUUGGUAAAAUAUAUAUUUGGGAGUCUUAGACCUUUCCAACGAUAUAUAGUUUGUCAAGAUUAAAUUAGAUUUGAUUGUAAUAUAGUAUAGUCAACGUAGGUGUCCCGUAUACGGGACGGGGUGACAUUUAACAGGUUAAUUGUUAAAACAAAUGGAAGUGAUAUUGAUUUGAGCAAUCGUGUAAGUACUCACAUCAGUGGUUAAUGCUGGUCCAUCUGACAGGGUGACUUUAUUUCAUCCUCAGAUAUCAGUUCAGUGACAAGAGCACCAGGAACUGAGACUAAAACGCUCUGAUAUGACUGUAAUGGUUUUGUGUGAACACUCAUUUUCUGGUACUUUUCCUCUUUAGUCUUCAGUCCCCGGGUUGUUGAUUUGCCAGUCUGUUUCUGGUGAAAUAAAGGAUGGAGAAUCCGUUCUGAA